AUGGGAGCUAGUGUGAGUCUCAUGUCGUUAUCCAUUUACAAGAAGCUUGGUAUAGGGGUUGUGCAAGUUACCAGGAUGACACUCCAAUUCUCUGAUCAUUCGGUCAAGAAACUGUAUGGUAUUGUUGAAGAUGUUCUAGUGAAAAUUGACAAGUUUGUAUUUUUGGUGGAUUUUAUAAUUCUAGAAAUGCCGGAAGAUGAAGAGAACCCUCUCAUUCUUUGGAGACCCUUUCUAGAAACGGGAAGGUGCUUGAUCAACAUAAAAGAAGGGACCAUGGCUUUGAAGGUUUAUGAUGAGGAAUUGAAGAUCGAUGUUCGAAACACCAUGAGGUACAAGGAUAAUAUUUGUACCAGUCAUACUAUAGAGGUUCUGGAUCAGGUGAUGACAUAUGAUAGUCCUUUGAAUGCACCACAAUCACCUUUGGAAAUAGUGUUGAGUCUGUCCACUUUCGAUAGUAAUAAAGAAAUGGACAACGGGGAAUCUAAAGUGCUAGCCUGGUGCCAGAAAACAAAUUUAAUUAUGAACUGGGAGAAAUGUCACUUCAUGGUGCGAGAAGGGAUAGUAUUGGGUCACAAAUUUUCCUACAAGGGAACUGAAGUUAACCAAGCAAAAGUGGAAGUGAUAUUUAAACUCCCACCUCUUGUUAAUGAGAAGGGUAUCAGGAGUUUCUUAGGACACACAGGGGCAGUCCUAGGGCAACAAAGAGAGAAGUUAUUACAUGUCAUUUACUAUGCUAGUCAUGUGUUGAACCCUGCACAGAUGAACUAUGCAACUACUGAGAAAGAGUUAUUGGCCGUGGUUUAUGCAUUUGACAAAUUCAAGCAAUACUUGUUAGGAUCGAAGGUUGUCGUUUAUACUGACCAUGCCGCAUUGAAAUAUUUGUUUGCUAAACAAGAGUCUAAGCCGAGGCUUCUUAGGUGGAUCUUACUCCUCCAAGAAUUUGAUGUAGAGAUUAGGGACAAAAGGGGGUGUGAAAACACAAUGGCAGAUCAUUUAUCCUGA